AUUGAAAUAUGAACCAGAUCCAAUAUCCACUGUCCCCAAGUGAAGAGUACCUAGCAAAGUCACCAACCUCUACUUUGAGAAUGGAGGACUGGGAUUUUGCAUAUUACUACUAUAUCAGUCUUGCUUUAUUCUUUAAUUCUGUGGGGCUACCCCUUCUUUUUCUCUUUCUCCAUUCUCCUCCCUCAAUCCAACUUUAAAAGCACAUCAGACCACCUCACUUGGAAGUUCCAAUCUCUCUCUCUCUCUCUCUCUCUCUCUCUCUCUCUCUCUCUUUCUCAAAUGCACUUUCAUUAGAACAGAAUUUUCUUCCUUGCACCAUGAAAGGAAUUGAUCUCUUUUGUGCAUCGCCGGCCUCAACGGCUAUAUGUGUGAGCAUAGAUUCAAAGUCUAUGGUCUGCCAUAGCAGUAGAGUCCUUGAUCGGCAGACGCCUCGCUUGAUCGACAGGCAAAGAACCAAACCAUCCAGCCCAUGUACUCAAUCGCUCUCCAAGUCAAAAUCCUACCAUCAAAAGAGCAGGAAGAGCUCGGCAAAACAAACCGAUCUGGCGAGCCCUCCCGGCUCUACUCGAUAUCUCUUGGAUGAUACACCUUUCUUCGACGUGUAUUCAAAUUACAACCACCAUGUUUCCGCUCUGGUUCCGGUGGAGCCGAGGCGAUGUCGGUCCAUGAAAGAAGAUGAAUCAGCUGUGUUGAAAUCUUCUUCUACCAGAUCUCUUGAUCAGGUGGUGGUAUUGAGGGUGUCUUUACAUUGCAAAGGCUGUGAAGGGAAAGUGAGGAAGCACAUCUCUAGAAUGGAAGGGGUGAGAUCUUUCAGCAUAGAUUUCCCAGCGAAGAAGGUAACGGUGAUCGGAAACGUGACUCCAUUGGGGGUGCUGGCGAGCGUGUCCAAGGUGAAGAAUGCACAGUUCUGGCCCUCAUCAUCACCGUCCACGUCAUCGUCAUCGUCCAUUUCCUGAUGAACGGUCAGAAAUAGAAGGGUGCCUCGAAGACACGGUUGUAGAUUACAAAUGAGUGGAAGAUGAUAAUCUAUAUAAUCUAAUAUUGUGUUUGUGUGGGAACCGAAUCUUUGUGGAUAAAACGAGUGUAAUCAUUUCUCGGAAGUAAGGAUUGGUGUCUUUUGGGGUGCGUAUAAAAAUCUGUGUGGGCCCAUGGUCCACCAAUUCCAAUGGUUUGCUGCUCUUUCAUGUAUCUUAACUAGUUUAUGAGAAAUGAUUCGGUGGAUUUUUAAGUUG